CCCGACCACCGUGACGGUAGGGUGUGUGUUACUGGGUCUCACAUGACGCCACUGACGUGCACGCCUGUGUCCAGUCCGCCUGUGUGCCGGUACGCGUAAAUGUAAAACUUACGAAAAAGAGAGAGAGAAAGCAUACACUCCACAUAACCGACUGAUAAUCAAUAAUAAAAGGGAAAGAAGGAAUUAACCAAACAGAACCAAAGAGAGAGGAAUCACCGCUUAAAAGUAAUACAGUAAAACAAACUACAGUGUAACAAUUAAACCACGCAAUGAUCAAGUGUUAGUGUCCCAUAAUUAAGUGCCAGACCGAACUCCCCCAAGUGAAGAUCAAGUGCGGCCAUAAUUGAGCCAUAGUGUUCGCAAUAAUUGACACGACAGACAGUUCAGCCGGCAUGGAGUGAGGCGGCGGCCCUGGGCAAGGAUAUAUACCUGCGUCAACACGAAUUUACCUGGCGUAGUUGAUACAGUAUGAUUGGCAGCUGAUCCUAAGCAUGGAUUGGCUGUACUUCACAACCCUCCUGGCGGCGUGGACGGCGGGGGGCAGCAGCUUGACCAGAGCCCAGGAGGUGUCGAGAACAGCGUGUCCUAGUUGGGAGGACAAUCCGUGGUGUCCGUGUUACCAUUUCGAUGAUGGGGUUUUCCUCGAGUGUCCUAUGGUAUCUCUGAAUAAAGUGUCCAGAGUCCUCGGUCUUGUUCAACGAGCAGUUAAAUCUCUCAGUAUAUAUGACUUAGACGUGAAUGUGACAACACUUCCACCAGGACUUUUUACAUCCAGCGCUGGCGUUUCCAGCCUGCAAAUAUCCCACUCCGGUCUGCAGACGAUCUCAGACGGCAGUUUUCAGGGUCUGGAAAAUACUUUGGAAAGCCUUACAAUCAUGCACAGUCAACUCACGGCUGUGCCCCAGGCAGCUCUGCAGACGCUCACAAGAUUGAGGGCACUGGACCUUGAGGCCAACAACAUAACAGAACUUCAAAGUUUUAGUUUUUUUAAGUUGAAGUUAGUAAGUCUUAACCUCAAAGGAAAUGGCAUUAAGCUGAUAUCAGAGUAUGCAUUCGAUGGACUCCAUGAAACUCUGGAAGAGUUAAAUCUUAUGAACAACAAACUUAAACAACUACCGAUUCCAGCACUAAGACGACUGAGUAAGCUCAGAACUUUAAAAGCAACCUGGAAUCGCAUAUCCGAUGUAAUAAACGAUGGAUACUCACGGCUCCCAGCACUUGAAGUACUUGAUCUCAGCAGCAACCACUUCACACAGUUGACAAGUUCCACCUUAGGCACUAUGCCCGUUCUUCUCUCACUUUCCAUGUACAUGAACGAGAUCUCGGUAUUGUCAGGAGAUGCCUUCGUUCAGAACACGAGGCUACAGACGCUUUAUCUGAGCCACAAUGAUAUCACUAAUGUGGAGCCGGAGACCUUCACUUACACCAUCUACAUCAGAGUAAUUGAUCUUGGCGACAACCAUCUCCACUCCAUCAGCAAUGGGAUGUUCAGGAACCUCCCGGAAAUCCAGGAAAUAUUCCUCAACAGCAAUAAUAUUCUGAAGAUCAAAAAUGACACUUUCACAAAUUCCACAAAGAUCACGGUGUUAUAUCUUCAGAACAACGAAAUUCACUCCAUUGAAAGUGGAGCCUUCGCUAAUUUGGAGCUCUUAUUUGACCUCCAGCUCAGUUCAAAUAAUUUGGUACAAAUUCCUGCUGGUUUGUUCACCACGACAAGAAGCUUAAGUUCAUUAAGUCUGGACAACAAUAGGCUCACGAGCCUGAACAAGGGCACAUUCGCGCACCUUGCUGAGCUUCGGGAGCUUCGCCUGCAGAACAACAGACUUACUAGAAUAGAACGUGGAGUCUUUUUACCACUGCCAAACCUUCUUGAGUUACACCUGCAGAACAACAGAAUAAAGUAUAUUGAAAAAGAAGCAUUUUCAAUGUUACAAAAUCUUCAACACUUGAAUUUAGAAGGAAAUAAAUUGACUGAACUUCCUGAUUCUCUUAGCCGUUACCCAGCAAAUUUGAUAACCUUGAAAUUAUCGAGAAAUGAGAUUAAUACUAUACAUUCUGAUGCAUUUAGGGGGCAAAAUAAACUCGAGAUUUUUUGGCUAAAUGAUAAUAAUGUUACUAACAUUACAAAAGGCAUGUUAAGUGACCUCUCAUCAUUACAGGAGCUUUACCUCGAAAACAAUCAAAUUAGGCGAAUAGAAGACAAGUCAUUUGAGACCAUGAAGAAACUCAAGCAGCUUUCGUUGUCUAACAAUGAACUACAGCACGUCAGCUCUUUGCUCUUUGAGGGGCUGACAAUGCUCGAGAGACUUAACAUGAAUGAUAAUGAGAUCAUGGACAUCGAACCACAGACCUUCCAGAAAUUGCCAAACUUGACCACUCUCGACCUCUCCAACAACCAGAUCUUCGUGAUAAGGCGUUACAUGUUUGAGGGUUCGAUACCUCUCAGGACACUCAAUCUGAAAGGGUCAAUGAUUAACGAGAUUGAUCCUGACGCCUUUGCAGAUCUCAGGUUCUUAGAGGAGCUGAACCUGAAGAAAAACAUGCUUGUCAGUCUGCAUAAACUCUAUUUUAGAACACCGAGUAUCAGGAACCUAAAUCUGGCCGAUAAUCAUUUUGAUACAGUGGCUGAGGACUCCUUGUACGAUUUGCCUAAUCUAGACACUUUAGAUCUAAGUGGCUGUAGGUUGGAGAACCUUCCGGCUCAUUUGUUGGCUGAAGCUUCUGAGCUGAGGACUCUCAAUCUGGCGAGAAACAGUUUCAGGUUUUUGACAGCAGCACUAUUCCAGAAAAUGCGUAGAUUAAGGGAGGUAGACCUUUCAUACAAUAACUUAACAAACCAGGUCAUGACUUCGCUUGAAGGGUUAAGGAAACUAGAGCUUUUAACCCUGAAUGGAAAUCCACUCUCUUCUCUGAGUGGAUCUUUGAAUGAUUUAACUGGCCUAAGGGAACUUUACCUGUCUAAAACAAAUUUGAGAUCAAUGGAUAAUACUGUUUUCUCCAAACUGAAAAACCUAAAGGAAUUAGAUCUAUCAGGCAAUCAACUCUCAGAUUUACCACCUGGUGUGUUCGCUAAUUUGAGCAUCACAAGGCUUAACCUAGCAGACAAUAUUUUCAGCCAGAUUCCAAAUGCCAUGUUCUUGGAUGGCAUGGCUUCUCUCAUGACACUUAACAUGUCUGGCAAUCCGAUGAAGCGAGUUACAGGAAUCCUGGUGGCAGGAGGACCUCCGCUCGCAGCCCUAGAGGAACUAGAGGCCUCGAGGACUAACCUCACUCUGUUAACGAGCCAUGACCUACUUCUGACACCUUCCCUGCGUUCCCUCAACCUCGGACAAGCCGCAAUAGCAAAGAUCUCUCCAGGAUGCUUCAGAAACCUCACGCAACUUACUCAUCUCAACUUGGGCUUCAACCACUUGGAAAUCCUGCCCCGCGAGAGGCUCAGGGGACUGAAGAGUCUCUCUCACCUCAACCUCACAGGAAAUAGUCUCAAGAAGUUGGAUCAGCUUCCUUCUGACUCACAUAUGUUGAAGGUGCUGGACGCAUCGGGGAACAUGCUGACAGAACUCGAGGAGUCCACCUUCAGGCACGGCAGCAGCCUGGAGCUCUUGCUUCUCCAGAACAACUGGAUCACCACCAUCCACCCUCGGGCCCUCGCUCCGCUCAAGAGCCUCCAGCACCUCGACCUCACCAACAACUACAUCGAGGAACUGAACACCGUCGCCCUCAAGCCUGUGGAGAAGAGCCUGGUCACCCUGAAGCUGGGAGGGAACCCCUGGAACUGCGGGUGCGAAGUGAGCGAACUCUGGUCGUGGCUGCAGGAUCACUUGUCCUACAUCCCGGAGCCUGAGGUCGUUAAGUGCGAACUGCCAAAGGCACUGCAGGGCCACUCCUUCCUGCUUCUGUCCUCGUCAGCGUUCUGCCCUCAGCCCCUGAUCCUGCGGCUGGCGAUCCAGGACAUUCAGAGCCAGUCGCUGCUGGUGUCGUGGCAGGCGGCCAACUCCACCUCGAUCUAUGGGUUCAAGGUGUCCUUCCAGAUCACAGCGGGGGACGGCCGCGUCCUCGGCUCCCUCAAGUCGCGCUCGCUGCCGGCCAGCCCGAGGACGUUCCAGCUGGAGGGGCUGCGGCCGGACACGAGCUACCUCAUCUGCGUGCAGGGCCUCACGACCGCUCUCCGGCCGGUGUCCAGGGCGAGGCCGCACACCCAGGAGGACGCCAGCGCGCCCGACCAUCCCCCGGAUCUAGACACGAAGUGCACGCGCGUCCGCACCCUGGAGCAGCCUCAGGCGCAGACGGUCCUGGACAAUCGGCUAGCCAUCAUCAUCGGGGUGACGCUGGGCGUGAUCAUCGUUGCGCUGGUGGUGAGCAUCAUCUGCUGUUGCAAGCUGUGCAAGAAGACCCGCGAGCCGGCCAAGCCAGAGAACCCCGGCCCUCAAGACUACCUCAGUUAUCGACAUUUCUCCAUCCCCGGCAACGAGGCCAACUCCUACGAAGGAUACACUGCCUGCUAAGCCGAGCCGCCCUCCGCGGCUGACGACGCCCUUUUGUACCUUUUUUUUGCACGUGAGAUUGCCUACAGGAAGUGGCGCGUGGCGGGUCGUUAGCGUGCAGGAAGUACCUCGCCCUCCUUGGUGUGGGGUGACGAGGAGGCGUGUCCCUCCCCUCCUCUACGCCUUUUCCCCUCAGAUAAAAGGAGAAAAAACCAACGCCCACCUCGAGGGGAGAAGGCCCAAGAUAGCCAAAGAGGUGUAGACAGUCGCUAUGGCAAAGGCGGUCGUUAAAAAUUGUUCCGAUAUACGAACUGGUAAAGGAUUUCCAGCGAGGAAAAUGAGAAAAUAAUAACCAUGGUAUACAUAGAAAGAAAAUGGAGAACUUUGCCAAAUUGUGAGAGAGGACAGAAAUAGAGUCAAGUGAAAGCAAGAGGGAUUUCGAAAAGAUGAAGUGAAGUUGUAUAAGAAGAAAGAAAAGAGAUCCAAUGAACGAACGACUCAUGAACGAAAAUUUUAUCUAGUUGUGUCAAUGGUGGUCAAACUGCCCCCACUUUUCGAAAGACAGUGAUAGAGAGACUGCUUUCUCGUCCUUUUCGAACACCAGCAAGUAGGGGAAGGGUGACUGAGGCAGCUGCGAUAGGGUGAACACGCCGAGUCCAGUGCUAGUCAUGCCUCCGUUUCAACUCACGCUUCAAAAUGUGGGAAAGACAAAUUGACAAUGCAAUAAUUUGCCACUAGAAUUUUGCUGAAAAAGUGAGAAAAGAAUCUGUGAAGAAAAUUUUGUUGUUUGUUUCCGACGUGAGGAAAAAAAAAACGGUGUGUGACUAUGAAUAUGCAUUUAUAUAGCUUAAGUGUGAGUCUAGUUCUCUCGGGCGACGACCAAAGACGCACGUGUUAUAUCUUCGACAGUCGCAAGUGUGGUGCUACAGUUUAUACUAGGUAAGGUUAAGGGCCGUCCGCGACGUUCGCUGUGGUCUUGGUGACGCGAAUUUCAGGAAAAAAAAGAAAGUAAGGAAGAGGAGGACGUGUAAUCAAUCAUAGGGUCGCGUGCGGUUCGGAUAUACAUGGAAUUCCUUUGGCAUGCGGUUGUGAAACGAGUCUUCCCGCUGUUUCAUCAUCGAGACAGGAAGAAAUGAAAACGAAAAUGAGAGAGGCAGAAGGAAAAUCCAAGAUAAUCUUCGGAAGAAGAUGAUGUGAAAUACAUAUAUGGAAAAGAUACUUUCAUUAUUAUGUGUUUUUAAUUUACUGAUAAUCAGACAAACAUACAUGGAAAUAUCGAAGCAAAAGACUGCAGUGUUGAAGUUUCAAAGAAAUAUCAGACAAAUAAAAGUAGGAAAACGCAUGGCGAAAAUGGCGGUGAAAGUAUAUUUGACCCGAUCAUUAAUUCAGCUCUUCAUUACAGCUGCCACAGGCUCUCGGAGGUCCUGAAAUAACGAUGAGCCAUUCACCGCAAAGUGGCAAGCUCGUUGUUUCAUGCCUCUCUCUCUCUCUGUUUCAUAUUUACUAUUCAUCUAUUAUUUAUGUCUGCUUCUCUAAUUCAACCUAUUUGCCUCUAAAAAUAUAUUUUGUGUCUUCAACUUUUUUCAUUAUUUUACAUUAUUACAAACAAUAUUUCUAUUAUCUAUAUCUUAUUUUUUCAAGCUGGACAAAUCAUCAACUACAUACAUGUCAGACAAGAGUUCCUUUUACAGUGUUGUACUUAUCGCAGAUAUUUUCUUUAUGUUUUCUCAAAUAACACCUUAAAAUGUAUUGCUCUCUUACAUAGCCCCAUUUUUCUCAUUUUUAACAAAGCCACGUAAUGAAGGGAAUAUGCUCUAUAAAUCGGAUACAUAUAUCAUUCAAUCUUAAACAAUCAGGUAAGUUCAAGCUUACAGUAUACCAAAUCUAUAUGAUCUAAUACAAAAACUUGUUUAAGACUUGUAUCAGACAAUCCGCAAAUUAGAACAGUUACUGUAUUUACACACGUUAUCACGACAGGACCGAAAAAGAGAUGAAAUCAAUAUAACGAAAGAUAAUAUAAUCAAGGUAUCUUUUUUCAUCUCACAAGCUGCAGGUUAUCGUAACUUUAAUUACGAAAGUUCGACGGCAGUUAAGAGAUAUUUCCCACAUGUUAUCUGACCGGCCAAAGAAAAAAAAAGAAAGGUCAGGAAAAAGUGAAAAAAAGAAAAUGAAAAAAUCUCUCACUGGCGAUUUUAAAACUUUGUGACUGGAUGUGAUUUUUUAAGUGUUUGGUUGUGGGAAAGACUGAUCAUAUUGUGUACAUAUAUUAUUUUUCAUUUUCCAAAGUGAAUGUGCUGUCUCAUUUAUUGUUCUUGAAAUUUGCUGGGUGUUAACAAAUGUACGAGUCAUAAAUUCCAAAGGAUGAUGUAUGUAAAUAUAUAUUUUUUUUCUUUCUCUCUCUGCCACAGGAAGGUAGAGUAACGUUGUGAUGAAUAAACUGUAUAUCUCCUAUCAGCUCUGGCGAUUAUGGUUGGAAAGAUAAUCAUGUAAGGCUGAUAAAAAGACAGAGAAUUGACAUUUUUUUCUCUCUCUCAACUGAAAUUCUUUCUUCGCCAGUGACCUUCUAGAUGGGUGAAGGUCAGUUUGGGUGGAUGUACUGUAUAAAUAUAACACGAAUAACAUGAGUGAUCGGACCAGCGAGGGGAAAAUCAACACGUUUCCCCUUUUUGGCUCUACAGGACAGGAAGAGUUCCUUCUUUCCCUUCUUCCUUCAGCCCUUCACUCCCCUCUCCCCCCCUCGCCCCAUCCCCCUCCCCCGUUCAUAGGCCCUCCCACUUCACGAAGCACUGGCCAUUUCAGGUGUUUGUUAGAGUAUCAUCACGUAUGUCACCUAUUGUUUAAGCUGAGAAUCCUGUGUCAUCGUGUCAUUCACAUACACAUACGAAAACGCAGAAAAACAAACAGUUGCACAGACACAAACUAACAAGCACAAACAGACACACAAAGCAUAUAACGACUGUGACAUUUCUACAUGCAGGUACACAAACGCAUACAGAAACACCUAUAUAAACUAUGAGCUUCUGCAGACACGAAGCGCGCGCGCGCGCGCCACACACACACACACACACACACACACACACACACACACACACACACACACACACACACACACACACACACACACACACACACACACACACACACACACAAAGGAUCGUUAAACAAAACCCAAACAACCGCAAUACUUGUCGCCUGCGUGUGAUUAGCCGCAACUCGCUGCCCGCUACAAUAUAUAUAUGUAUAUAUGUAUAAGAUAACGCCACUGCGCUCUACCGCAUUGUGUUCACCUGAUCAUUCGCCACCCAAAAGAGGUCAAUAAUAAGAAAAAUAAGCUUUAAAAAAUUGUCGUCAGCUUGAUGUUCAUCUUAGGGGUCUAUAAAGAAGAGAUGUGAACUAGAGAGUCCUCCACAACGCUAUUCAUAACUGCUGUUCACACUGGUGUUCAUAUCAUGGAUGUAUGGUAGACUCAGAACUUUACGUGUGUAGAGCCGGCUGUCCAACUUCGGCUGGUGCCCCCUACCCCUUACCCACUCCCGCCUCCCCUCCCCCUGUCUAUCCCCUCACUCCCAUAUCCAAUGCCCCAAUCCUUACCCCCCCCCCCCUCCCUGCUGCCAGUCCAAUCCCCAUUCACUCCUUCUCCCUCCCCAUCCCCCCUACCCUUUCUGUGGUUUCCUGUCCCCCCUGUGGCCUUCUUUGUAAAUAUGGGAAUAAUAAAAAAAAUUAUCCAAG